CGGCCAUGCUGUCGCACAAACGUUUGUGAAGGUGGAGGCCACUUCAGGGGACCAUUAGGUCUCAGGGUCGUCUGAGAAGACCAAAGAAAAUAUCCUUUCAUUUUUUAUUAUUAUUUGAUUAUAUAAUUUGUGUUUUGGUCUCCCAAUUUAUAUCAAUUGGCACACGCGAUGGAUACAUUGGGCAUAUGAAAAGGAACGCUUAAAGCCAUAUGGGAAAACGUUCGUUUCAAAAGAAUAAAUCGAGGUGACAUGGAGCACAGGGCGUGGAGAGACUGCAGAGCUCGACGUUCAGGGCUGACCCGGCAACAUCUGUCUAGACAGUUAAUCAAGCGGUCAUAUGGCCAGUAGGCCUAAAUGAUCAAACUCCAAAACAGAAAAAAUAUAUAUAAAACAUUGACGACGUCUGACGUUUCAAAUUUAGUAUCAACCAGCAUUCGGUUUCUAAGCAAAAAAAAAUACAAAAACAUUCCCUCUGCCUUACUUGAGUGAGCCCCGCCUGAAUAGACUACAUCCUGGGAACUCUCACCAAGACCCGUCUCAGCGGAAGCAGGAAGCUCAUAAAUUCAUCAACGCACGCAUUCAAAAGUGUUCCACCAGCUUUUCCAUCUUUUUUCAUAUUACAGUGAUGUCAUUAUUAGCAAAGAAAUGUUUAUAUAGACCUACACUGUAGAGCUGCUUGCUUGUCAAGAAAUGACUAUUAUUUACGACUAGUAAAUCGUAUUUAUGAUUAUUAAAUCACUUGUUGGCUAAAUACAAAAUUAAUAUUGUAAUAAUGCUAUUCUGUAGUCAAGGCCUGUGCUAUAUAGUUGUUGUUUUUUAAACAGAUUGAUUCCAGAAGCUGUUCGUUUAUUUAUCAGCUGAAUUUUAACCCUGGCAAGAAAAAAAAAAUCGGGAGCACACAACUCAUCACACAGCUGAUGUCUUCUGAUAAGCCCAGUCACUGCUAACAUUCCUAAAUGCAAUCAGCUGCAUCAUUCUUGGGAGAAGACAUGUUUACUGUUGCCUUGUUUUCUACUUUAUAUUUAAAUAAGCCUACACAUCACACUUAAAACCAUACUAAAUUACUUAAAAUCAGAAGUAAUUAUUCUUAGUUAGUCAUACAGCUGUAUUGACUUAAGUGACAAAAGAUUGCAAUAAAAUCCUCCACCUCUUCCCUCCCCUCCUCUCUCACUCCCCUUAUCAUUCAUCCCUCUCUCUCCUCACAACUCUUACCCAUUUCUUCUUCACUCUUCUCCAAAUGUAUCUUGCCACCUCUCGCUCUUUCCUUUUCUCUAGAAAAAUGGCACAAUGCCAUUGCCGGUGGCGACGGGUGCUCCUGUGCCUAUGCUGUGCUCCCUGUGUCCUGGUAGGGUCUCUCUGUGUGUACAUCACACUGGCUGUGUGUUAUGGUAUGACCACCAGUACAGGCCUGAGCAGCUCUGCCCCUAUCCUACCAGAGAGCUUCAUUGCACCAGGGCUCACCAGAAAUGACUACCUGGCCCCACACCCCACUAACUCCUUCUGGGACCCCAAGCCCCACGGAGGGGCCCUCUGGAACCGGCUCCAGCUACCCAUUGACCGCCAUUACAAUCCCAUCCUGAUGCCCAAAUCCAGCAAAGAGCACAAUGACCAUCUUGAUACCAAUAAUAAUAAUGCAAACUAUCUGCGGCUUUCCCUUCCCACCUUGAAUGCAGGGUUCUCUGAGAUCGGGAACUUGACAUCUCAAAUGGAUGAUUUUCAGGAGCUGCCCCUGCAGAUGCAGAUGUUUGUGGACUCCAUGCACUUCAGGGACUACCAUGUCCUCAUUGAGCCUGCUAAACUGUGUGGACGUGGGCUAAAGAAGGGGCAGGGCCCUCUCCUACUGCUGGCCAUCAAGACCCAGGGCCUGAACUUUGAGAACCGCCAGGCCAUCAGGCAGACAUGGGGCUGGGCGGGGUGGGUGGCAGGGGCGACAGGGAAAGGCGGGAUGGUGCGGAGGAUCUUCCUCCUGGGGAAGAACCAUGCAGAACCCCAUGUGAACAUCAGUGAGCUGCUGCAGCUGGAGAGCCGCCAGUACAGGGACAUCCUCCAGUGGGACUUCCACGACUCCUUCUUUAACCUCACCCUGAAGGACGUGCUGCUGUGGGACUGGCUCUCCACCCACUGCCCCCUGGCACGCUUCGUCUUUAAAGGGGACGACGACGUCCUGUUGCGGACCCCUGCUCUCUUAGACUACCUCCGGGAGCAGACGAUCCAGUCAGGGGGGCCCGGGUCAGAGGGUAUGAAGGGAUUCAUGGUAGGGGAUGUGAUACGAGCGGCUGUCCCCAACAGAGUCAACUCUACCAAGUACUUUAUUCCUGAUAGUUUCUAUAAGGGGCUGUACCCUCCGUACGGGGGUGGGGGAGGUGUGGUGUACUCAGGGGAGCUGGCCCUGCGGCUCAAGCGUAUCUCCCGGAGAGUUCACCUGUACCCCAUUGAUGAUGUCUACGUGGGCAUGUGCCUCCACAGGCUUGGGGUCCACCCCAUCCACCACCCCGCCUUCCUCACCUUCGACUUCCCCAAGAAAGAGAGGGUAGAGCAGUGUGCGUACCACACUAUCUUACUGAUACACAAACGCAGCCCUGCUCAGGUGAUGAAGCUGUGGUCGGAGAUAAUGACAAACCAGACAGAGUGCCGCAACACCAUCCUGAGAAUGGAGAAGGAGAAAAAGAAUACACUUCUGAUAGAUCCAUUUAGUAUGAAAGACAACAAGGGACAGGAACUUCUGAUGGAUCCAUGGGAUAGUUCUGGAAAUUAAGCUCUAUAGUGAGGUAAUCACUGACUGAUUUAAAACUGACAACGCAUGGAUGGUGAUGGAGAAGGAAUGCUACCACUUGAGAAUAGGGAAGAGCCUGCAGGGCCUUCUGAUAGACCCUUGGGGUAUGCCAGAAACUUCCACUCCACACUGAGGUAACCACUGACUAGUUGUUAUAAAACUGAAGGUGAUGAAUUGACUGUCGAGAAGGUAUGCUGCCAUUUUAGAAUGGGGAAGAUGCAGGGCCUUCUGGGAGAACAGGGUACACCUGGAAACUUCCUCUCAUAGUGAGUGAUUCAGACUGGCUUUCCUAUUAUAGAAAACAAACAUAUGGUGAUUGACUAUCGAGAAGGUGUGCUGCCACUUGACAAUGGCGAACAGUACCAAUUAUUACUGUAAACCCAACAAAUGUAUUUUUUUUAUUAAAAAAACGAGACGUUUGAGAAAUAGUAGACUCGCUGUUUUAAAUCCGACUCAAAUGAUAGAUGGAGAAAGGUAUGCCACCAGCUGAGAAUGGCCCUGUAAUAAGGCCCCACAAUAUGAGAAAGGUGGACCUAGGUUUGAGAGAAAUACUGAACGUUGACAAGUAUUUAUUGAAGUAUAAACCAGAAUUACUUAAUUGGUACAGUCAUCUGUGAUGAAUGUCACUGUGAAGGCCAUACAUGUGCAUUGCAUACAUAGCUCAACUGCCUCCUAUUGAACAGGUUUUGGUUCCUUGCUGUGGGCAUGAAUUCUCAUGCUCAGUUUCUGGGCUCAGAGGCUAGUUAUGAGAAAAAAAUAUAUUAAGGGCUUAAGUCAGAUUUAUGAGGUGCAACAAACAUUUUUAGAUAAAUCAAUUUUACUGAUUUAACCACUGCAAGUGCAUAAUUGCCAAUUUAUCUGAGGUUUGGGUAUUACAAACAGGUUAAUGAGUAAAUAAAUGUGCAAAUAACCCUCUGACACUUUAAUGUUGUGCACUUUAAUGUUUUUCUGAACAUUAAACAAAACUUUAAUUAGAUCAUUUUGAAUCAGACAGACAAAUGUUUAAAUAAAAAAAAAAAAAUCUGAUGAAAGACCACAAUUAAGAUUUUAUUACACAAUCAUUAUGUACAUAAAUUAUGACAACCUCUUCAAUCAGGAAUGUCAUGGACCAGUUCAAUAAUUCCACAAUUAACCUCUUUUUUAGCAGUUUAGCAAAGCAUGCUAAUGCUCCUCUCUAGGACAAGUGGUAUAAGUAUGAUAUACCUAACCUAUUAUGUCCAUGGGAUGCUAAGUUCAACCACCAAAUAAAAUGGUGAAAUAGCAGGAUUUUCUGUUUGAUUGGAUUCAUGGGGUGGGACUGGAGAGUAUAAUCCACAACUCAUUCUUCAGCAGCAGUGUAUUCUGAUGGCGACAUGUGUGUAAACAUUGUCCACAGCAGUGUACUGUCUCUUGUAAAGAUUUCCCCACUAAAA